CAACUCAAAAAUGGCUGCUGCCGUCUUGGUCGACCCACCACCUCUAAAGAAACAUAAAAGACAUGCCAUCAUCGACAAUUUAAUUGGAAGAUUGGGAGACAAUCUACCACUUGUUCAAAAAGCGAUUAAGUCAUUAUCUGAGGGCAGCUUUAACGCAUUAUUCUUCCUGAAAAUGAUAUCAUGUAACGGCUGUACAGGCUUCGGAGUACGAUUUUCUGAUGCGUUCUGCGAGACAGAAACUCUCCAGGAAGAAUUCUUCCCGUUUUAUUCAGUUUUUACAAAAGGGACAGAUAUGUUAUAUAAUUGUUUAAAACAUCCAAGUCAUGCUGAUUCCCAGGACGAUAUAUCGAGAAUUUUACUUGCAAGACUUUUCACCUUCAUAACGGAUACCGCUUCUAUGACUUUUAUCAAAGAUUUGGAGCGGAAAAGCUGUGGAACACUCAGCAAUGAAACACAGAUAACAAUAGCUUUAGCAGAACAUGUUUUUUCAAAAUUAGCUUUGAGUAGCAGCUAUUCAAUUGAUGAAACCUGUAGAAAUCAUGGAGAAUUUACCCGUGGUGUAUGUCAGUGUGGAUGCAAAUCUGAUGUUAAGUACAGACUUGGAGAUACCAGUGUAGGUGAACCUGCUGUCUGGCAUGGGUGUCUUGAUAUUAUUCUUGGUCAUGGCGAAGACUGUGUGCCGAUACUGAUCUCAGGAGACAAAGAAGUCCGCCAUGGAGAUAAGACAUCUGUGGAAGUUAUGUGCAAAAAUCUUAACUACAAUGAAAUAAAACACCCGAUGAUCGCACAGGCAAUAGUAUUUUCAUUUUUACAAAAAAAAAAGUAUCCUGAUUCAAAAAACUUAUUUGUCCCUGCUAUUGGAGUAUCUGCAAAAGAAGUUAUUUUCUUUUUAUACGAUUGCAAAGAAGAUGUUCUAAUGCAGAGUGUGAAAAUGCCUUGGCGGUCUGGAAAAGGGGUGCGAUACUCCACAUUGAUAGCCGUAUGGCUUGUUGUGAAUUACAAGUAUCUUGGAAGUGGCUUAACAGGAAACCUAGAACAUGCACCAAAAUCCAAUUUUUUCAGUUUAGCCGGAGAAGUUCUAAAUGUUUACAAAAAUGACUUGAUUAUGGGAAGUGUGAGAGGAUCUUAUGAAGAAGACACAGUUUAUCCUGAAGAAAUUCCAGAAGAAAAAAUUGUUUGGCCAAAUGGAAAACCAAAUUUUGAAUUUUGAAGGUACAGAUCAUCAAAAACUGUAAUAAUUGAACCAUGACAGUGUCUUAAAGUAUUCAAAUUUUUGUUCAUAUUUUUACACAUAUUGCUCAAACUAUAAAUACAAUGAAAUGUCUGCGGGUACUUACCUUCAUGGUUAGAUGCUAAUUAGAUUUUUCGUGGUACAAACUAUUGUGGAUAGUAGAUACCCUAAAUUUAAUAAAAACAACAGUAGUCGCGUAUCUCAAUAAAAUUUGUUAUAUUAAUUUUUAUGGUUCCAUAGCAAUCAACCAUGAAAACCGCAAAACUUUAUAUACACAAUGAGCAUUUUAUGUUAUACAAAUUGUACAGUACUGAGUUUAACAUUCAUCAUAAUCUGUUCUAUAUUUACACAGUUAUCAUCCUGAACAGACAGACGAAGUUCGUCUUAAUUAAGAUGUGUUUGUUAUAGUUGAGGCUAAACCAAAAGCAGGAUUUGGUGCACUCAGGUUGUUAUUUUGGGCACCUUGUUAGCUACCUUAGUUGUUUGCUUGCAUCCGGCACAUUGUUAUACCUUUUUUCUCGCAUCUAAAAAUGCCUUUUUCUUUUUUUUUCAAGUGAACAAUAUAAAAAAAGGCCUCUGAUUUUAGCUCACCUGGUAUUAAUGA